CGAACCCUAGAAAGGGGCUACAAAAACGUAGAGCUUUUCCAUUCCUUUUCAGUUCCUUCAGAAUUCAGUUUCCAAGUUAUAUUAGAUUUUCACAUUGUGCUCUCCUCUUCAAAAUUCAGUUCAUAAGAAGAUUUUGUGGAAUCACCUGGAAACGGGAUAUCAUCAUUUGUCAACCUAUCGGAUCUGAAGAUCUUGGACUAUUUAGUGGAGAAGCUUAUUUUUGUUUCGCGGAUCUGUACUGGAAAGCAUAUCUGGAACAAUUCGAUAGGUGAUUUGAUUACUGUGAAGUCUGUUUUCAAGAGAUUAGUAAAUUCUAAGCAACUUAUAUUUUUUUGUUAGGAGUUUACUCAAGUUGGAUAUUGAAGCAGCUAACAUGGUCUGGCUUUUGAUUUCAUUUCUAUUAGUGAUCCAGAUCUGGCAUUUUUUAUGAUAAUGCACUUGAAUCUCUGUUAGACCUGGGAACUCUUUUUUUUCUUCUUACAAUGGCUGUUCAAAGGAAAAUUUCUUCAACCCAUUUGUGUGCACUCAUUAUUAUUCUGUUGGCGAGUGUGUGCAAUGGGUUUUAUCUGCCUGGCAGUUAUAUGCACACAUACACACCAGGAGAAUCGAUAUUUGCAAAAGUGAAUUCUUUGACUUCAAUAGAAACAGAGCUUCCUUUCAGCUAUUACAGUCUUCCUUAUUGCAAGCCUGAGGGAGGGAUUAAGAAGAGUGCAGAAAAUUUGGGGGAACUCCUUAUGGGAGAUCAAAUUGAUAACUCCCCUUAUCGGUUCAAUAUGAAUAGGAAUGAGUCGCUUUACCUAUGCACAACCAACCCGUUAAAUGAGAACGAGGUAAAGCUCCUAAAACAGCAAACUCGUGAUCUGUACCAGGUGAAUAUGAUCCUCGACAAUUUGCCUGCAAUGAGGUAUGCCAAGCAAAAUGGGAUCAACAUUCAAUGGACAGGGUACCCUGUUGGUUAUGCUCCACCUCAAAGUAGUGAAGACUAUAUCAUAAAUCAUUUGAAAUUUAAGGUUUUGGUUCAUGAGUACGAAGGAACAGGUGUGCAGGUACUUGGUACUGGAGAUGAAACCAUGGCUGUGGUUCAAGAAUCUGAAAAGAAGUUAAAUGGGUAUGAGAUAGUUGGGUUCGAAGUUGUUCCUUGCAGUGUGAAACGUGACCCUGAGGUGAUGUCAAAGCUGAAGAUGUACGACACUGUUGACCCUGUCAACUGCCCUGUUGAUCUUGAAAAAUCUCAGAUUAUCAGGGAACAAGAGCGAGUUUCAUUUACUUAUGAAGUUGAAUUUGUGAAAAGUGAUAUUAGAUGGCCUUCACGAUGGGAUGCUUACUUGAAGAUGGAGGGUGCACGAGUGCACUGGUUCUCAAUCAUGAACUCGUUGAUGGUAAUCUUCUUUUUGGCUGGGAUCGUCUUUGUUAUUUUUCUAAGGACAGUGAGGAGGGAUUUGACGAGGUACGAGGAAUUGGACAAAGAAGCGCAAGCCCAGAUGAAUGAGGAGCUUUCUGGGUGGAAGCUUGUCGUGGGUGAUGUUUUUAGAGAGCCAAAUUGCUCAAAGCUACUCUGCGUGAUGGUUGGAGAUGGUACCCAGAUUUUGGGGAUGGCAGUUGUUACUAUUGUGUUUGCAGCUCUUGGAUUCAUGUCACCAGCAUCUCGAGGAAUGCUCUUGACUGGAAUGAUAAUUCUGUAUCUUUUCCUUGGUCUAGUUGCGGGUUAUGUUGGUGUUAGACUAUGGAUAACUAUCAAGGGAACUACAGAAGGGUGGAGAUCAGUUUCCUGGUCGGUUUCGUGCUUCUUCCCUGGAAUUGUUUUCAUAAUUCUUACUGCCUUGAACUUCAUACUUUGGGGCAGCAAGAGCACUGGUGCUAUUCCCAUUUCCUUGUAUUUUAUUCUCAUUUCUCUUUGGUUCUGUAUUUCUGUUCCUCUAACCCUUUUAGGAGGCUACUUUGGGACAAAGGCGGAGCCCAUCCAGUACCCUGUGAGAACCAACCAGAUCCCUAGAGAAAUCCCUGCGCGAAAAUACCCAUCAUGGCUUCUCGUACUUGGUGCUGGCACCCUCCCCUUCGGAACCCUCUUCAUCGAACUGUUUUUCAUUCUUUCUAGCAUCUGGCUUGGGAGGUUCUACUAUGUAUUUGGGUUCUUGCUAGUUGUCUUCGUCCUGCUUGUCGUUGUUUGUGCCGAAGUUUCUGUUGUCCUUACCUACAUGCACCUCUGUGUGGAGGAUUGGCAGUGGUGGUGGAAAGCUUUCUAUGCCUCUGGUUCAGUCUCACUCUACGUGUUCAUGUACUCCAUCAAUUACCUUAUAUUUGACCUUAGGAGUUUGAGCGGGCCUGUGUCAGCUAUGCUUUACCUAGGUUAUUCAUUGAUCAUGGCAAUCGCAAUCAUGUUGUCUACUGGCACAAUAGGUUUCCUUAUUUCCUUCUACUUCGUUCAUUACCUAUUCUCAUCUGUCAAAAUUGACUAGGGAGAUACUGAAAACAUCAAAUACCAAUAAAGAGAUAAUCACCACUUCUCAUAUUUUUUUUUACCCUCAUCUCUGUAUUAGUUGUGCAUCUCUUUCUUUCUAUCUGGUGCAGCAAAGGUUUAUAGGAUUCCAAAAGCCUGUAGCUUUUCGGUCAUGGUGAAUUGAGAACUGGUGUUCAUGGUAAGGUAUGUCAAGGUUGCAGCUUGAUUUUACCAUCUUCUUUCAUGCUUGCUGAGGUUGGAGAUCUUUAGUUACUCUGUAGCGUUUUUCUCUUUCUCCCCUUAGUUGGUUAAGUUUUGGUUCUUCUGGGCCAUCCUUCAGACCAUAGAUAUAUAUAACCUUGUUGUUUAAGCAGAUUCUUACAAACAUUGUUAUUUGGAAAAUUUGUCACUCUAGCUUUCUGUUGUCUGUUUACUGAUUUGUCAGAUUGAAUUUUGUAAUGAGAUUUUGAGUUCCAGGUCUUUCUUAGUCACAUUUGAUUAAAAACAGCAAAUAAAGUUGUACCUUCUUAUUUA